UGACAUUCAGAAUGACCAGCACCUUUUUAUUAGGUUGCCAUAUUUUCGACCCUUAUUUUGUGCCGUGAAAAGAAGAAUGCUCAGAGACAUCACUCAGCCUGGUGAGCAAAAGUUGACUCAAUAGUUAAGAUAAGCAUAAUAUAAUUGGAUUCCUUGAAACCUGAUCUGGCAUACAGUACAUGGCAGACUCUGGUAAGCUCAUUAUUUUCCCUCUCUGCACAGUUUCUAAAAAACAUGUUCUAUCAGGCAAAGUGGUGAAAACCUUAAAUAGACAAACUGAAAAUGUCUCCUAUCCGGGAUCAUUCUGUAUAUUCAGGGUUAAUCAUCUAUUCUGCCCUGACAGUGAUGCCUGCAAUUCAGUGAAUGAUUCAACCACAUGUAGUGAGGGACGCCUGACUAAGGCUUUAAUGAGAAACUAAGUAAUAGACACAGCCGCCCCGAAGCAAAGUCUGCUGUCAAUUUCACUAUUUGUGUCUGUUUCACGUGACACAAGCAGGUAUUUACCGUUCAGAAUUCCCACCAAGGCUGAGCACAUUAAACUGUGGCCUCCAAUAAAAUUGCUUCCGUAAAAAGUCAUAAUUGUUUUCCUAUAAAACAGAUAACACCCAUGCUGAAAGAACAUGAGAAUUACUCACUGAGGUGCACAACACAGCUGAAAGCCAGUGAAACCACACCCCUCCCUUACUCCAGCACUUUGUAUAUGAUCAGUUCCAGUAACAUUCAUAAUAAGAGGGGGAGAAAUGAUAUAAAGAAAAUGUAGCUGUUGUUUUAUUUUGAUAACUUAUUCUUCCAGGUAUUUUCUCAAUUUACCUACAUUGCUUAUCAAUUAUACCACUGACUGCACGUCUGUUUACUGAACAGACGGUGGCAGUAGAGGUCCGGUGGACGCACAGGCACCUGCACAUGUUUUCCAGUGUUGCACAGCAGUUUAUGGCAGCACAAUAUAUCCAUUCAUCCUGACACAGCAGAAACAACACACCACCGUCAACAAACACUCCUCUACAUACACUCCAUGGUGGAAAAACUCCAGAGUAUAUCUGCAGUAGAGAAGUCAUAUUACAGGUGGAAACAAAAUGCAACAACAUAGCAAGAUAGUGUGAAGUGAUCAUUACAACUUUAAAAAAAUAAUUCAACAAUUAAAACACAACAUAAAAGUCUGCGGUCCAAUCAGGAGUCAAAUCAACUCUUCCACUUUACUCAUUUAUAUUUAUUAUGUGAUGAUGGAAAGUGUAGGAUCCACAUUUCAUUUUGUUGAAACUUUAAAGAAGCGCAUUGAUAAAUCUCUUUCAAACCACUUAAAAAAAUGACUGAUUUACAACAUAUUUUUGAAAUUGAAUAACAUCUUUAGGUGACUCCACCUUUAUUCUUUUAAUAAAACUCUAUCACAGGAGCAGUAUGGAGGCAUUUUAUAGUUUUUUCUAAUGUAUUUGUCUGUCUGAAGAAGUAGUCUCCGUUUACUUCAAUUGUAUUGGAUUUUUCUGCAACACUGUUUAACCCUGAAACUCAGAAAGUGUUUAGUGGACUCAAACCCUCCACCCACCCCUCCACCGGCCCAGUGGUGAGUAGAUAAUGAGUGGUCGGAAAAAUAAAGCAGACAAUGCCUCCCUUCUUCCUGUGCUCUACCGCCCCCUAAAGGCACAGGCCGGUACUGCUAUACUAAGUCAUAAUGGACAGUAGGAGUGGAUGAGCCGAGCAGCAGCAGUGUGUGUGUGGGUGUGUGUGUUUGUCUGUGUGUGUGUGUCUCUCUCUCUCUCGUACCGUCCUCCUCCAGCCAGACCUCCGAGCUGAGAGAGGAGCCCCUGUCCGGAGCAGGAUGUAUCGAUCCGUGUGCUUGUAGCGCUUCCUCCGGGGAAUGGAGCCGGACUGCGGUGCGGCGUCUGCAGGGAGUUCGAUCCCCCUGAACGAGCACGAGCAGCGGUAUUACUCCGGUCUGCGCAGCCUGUGUCAGGCUGACACCCCGGGGACACUGUCCUCCAGCAAAGUGGCAGAGCUGUUCAAGGCGUCUCAGCUCCCCCCUGAAGCCCUGCACAAAGUGACCGAGGUGUGUGGGGCGAAGCGACUGGGCUACUUUGGUACACCUCAGUUCUACAUAGCCCUGAAGCUGCUCGCCGCCGCCCAGUCUGGUCUGCCCGUUCGGCUGGAGAGUGUAACGGCCAAUCUACCUCUGCCCAGAUUUGUUGGGCUGAAGAAUGAAUCAGAGAUGCGAUACUCAGCCGUCCCUCCCAGUAUAGAGGGUCAGGUGGCUCAGUGUGGGACUGCACCUGCUUCUGUGUCAUGGACAGCAGGUGACACCUUGAGACACCUGGAGGCCAGUGGAGAGAAGAAGGAGCACCGGUCCCCCCCUCGAUCCCCGUGCACCUCACCCCCCCACUCUCCUCUGACCUACCGCAGCCAGACAUACACCAACAAAAAUGGAGCUGAUUCACAAAUGUUCUAUGAAAGCAAACCAUCCUCACGGCAGGUCGUUAAACUGGAGCAGCACCUCUCUCCCAGUAACUACGGGACCAAACCAAGUGUAGAGCAUCCUGCGAUGGCUCGGAUUGUGUCAGCGGAGAGGCUGGCCCAGCAGACUGCAGAUGAUUAUUCUGAUGAUGACCCCUGGAGGAUCACAGAGGAACAGCUGGAGUAUUAUACAAAUCAGUUCAGGAACCUCCAGCCUGACCUGGGAGCUCUCAUCCUGGGAACUGUGGCAAAAAACUUCUUCACCAAAUCCAAGCUCCCAAUACCAGAACUCUCCCACAUCUGGGAGUUGAGUGAUGUGGAUAGAGAUGGAGCUCUCACUUUCUCUGAGUUCUGCACAGCCUUUCACUUGAUUGUGGCACGCAAGAAUGGCUACCCUCUCCCAGAGAGCCUUCCCCCCACGCUGCAGCCAGGGUUCCUGCAGCAGGAGGACGACCUGCCAGAUACUCCUGAAAGUGCAGAGCCUCUCAUUGUCUUUGAGGAUGCUGAACCAAGGCCCAGUCAAAUGGAUCUGAGCAUUAUAGAGAGAAUCCAGCCAAGUUUAGCUACAACAAAACAAGACAUGAAAGAUGAAUCCUGUAAAAAAGAAGCGAGUUUGAAACGGCUGACAAUAUCUGAAAAGAAACGUGGUCUACAGCUCGGUGCUUUUCCUGAGAGGCCAGAGCUGCCUCAGGACCUAGAUCCACAAAUGAGGACCAAAACUAGGCCGAGGUCCUACUCUAGCAAUUCCUUUGAAGAUGCAAUGAAGAAGGCAGAGGACCCUCCGACCCCCCCACCUCGACCCCAGAAGACCCACUCCAGAGCCUCCUCGCUGGACCUCAACAAGCUCUUCCAGCAGGGCGCUCCAGGUAUAAAAAGUGGAUGGCUGAUGCCUCCUCCGGCCCUCCCUCCACGACCACUGACCUCACAGGUUCCUCAUUUUAUCAACGCUUCAGAGAAACCUCCCUCGAGUAAAGUGCAGCAGCCAAACUUUGCAGACUUCAGUCACUUUAAGAAAGAGGAAGAGAGCAGAGUAAAACCGCAGGAGCAGAGUUUACGAUCCAGAUUUGGUCCAAAUACUGAAGACUUGACAAAUGCUCCAAAGCAGGACGUUAUGGCUGUUUGUCCCAGUCAUGCUCCACAGAAACCAGUUCGAAGGAAGUACCACCCAGAGAGCCAGAACCCAGAGGCCACAUCUUUAACCGCUGUGUCGUUUCCUCACCCAGCCAAACCUUCUCAAAAACAGAAGAGGGAGAUCCAGAUGGCGAUCCGUAAGAAUAAAGAAACCAACGCGGUGCUGACACGCCUCAACAGUGAGCUCCAACAACAACUCAAGGUGGUUCACCAGGACAGGGUCACCUUGGAGUCCCAGCUUGAGCUUCUGCGUCCUCUGGCCUCGACGUGACUGGGCCACAAGUCUGGUUAGAACCACGAUCCCAGUGUUUCACUAAGGUACAUCAAUGUCUCAAUGUUUGAGCCAUGUGAUGUAUACUGAGUGAAUGUGAAAGGGCUGACGGUGGAAACAACGGUGCAUUGUGGACCCAUAGGGAUCUGAUUAUGCUCCACGCCCAAAGCUUCCUUUGUAUUAUUUUUAGUGCAGUUUUGCAGGAUUAAUCCAUGCAUUCUUUAAAUCAUUCUGUGACAUGCACAUGUAAAAUAUCCUGUUUAUUCACUGUGACAUUAUAACUUAUUUUUCUCCUUUGAGUUCACAUUACUUUAUCCCCAUCAAAUGUUCCCUACUUAUAAAUCAUGUAACAGUUUUGUGCACAUAUUUUCACGACUUUUAUUGUGUUCUGUGUUAAUAAUGGGAACUAAAGUUCUUUUGUGCACUGUCUAUUUAAUGAUCUAAAGCAAGUGACUACAGAUUACAUCAUGAAUUUGUUUAAUUUUUGCACUUAAAUUUGUUUAACUAAACAUUGGUGGGGCUGUAUGGUAGCAAGUACCUCAUUAGAGCUGAGUUAGCUACACAUUUCCAGCCUGCAAACAAAACUUGAAGUCUGUUUUCAGAUUGUAGCACUGACCCUCGUGGCUCUAUCUUUCAUUUAUUCCCUGUCUGUUAGAAAAAUAAACUGCUGGAUUUCUAAAUUCCUGCAUCCACAGUAUCAAGGUAAUUAUUAAAAUAAAAAUCUCAACAAAGUAUAUUAGUCUAACUGAUAAAAAAGCACAAUAUUCCUCAACAUUCCUCUCAUGUUUUGCAAGAUAGAUAGAUAUCAGCGAAUGUCUGUAGAAGCAGAUGUGCUUUUGAUUUUAUCUAUGCAAAGAUGUGGUUCUGUUGAAGCUUGCUUUAGACCAUUGGUCACCCAAACAUGUGGAUUGUUAAUGAUGAUGAAUGAAGUGGUUGAAUUAAAUGAUGGCAUGCUUGAAACUGCAUGUUUUACUAAAGCGAUGUCAGCAUUGUACUGUAAAUGAAACUGAAAAUCAUGCACAACUGAGCUCUGGGCUGAAGACAAUAAUCGAACGAAUCAAUAAAAUUGUCUAUUUUUA